CCCCCGCCCAUGUAGCUUCCCCUUUCCCGGCUCCGCUGCGGCCCGGGGGCGCCCUGCACCAUGGCCUCGGGGCUGCGCUACCCGGGCAAGGUGGCCGUAGUGACCGGGGGCAGCCGGGGCAUCGGGGAGGCGAUCGUCAGGGAGUUCGUUCGGCAGGGGACUCACGUGGUCUUCUGUGCCCCCGAAGCUGAAGGGGCUGCGGGGCGGGCACUGGAGCAGGCGCUGCGGGACUCGGGGGGCCCCGGAGACCCCCAUUUCCAGCCCUGUGAUGUCACUAGCGAACGGGACAUCCAGGCGCUGAUCGCGGUUACCCGGCAGCGUUAUGGACGCAUUGACUGUCUGGUGAACAACGCCGGACGUCAUCCCCCCGAAGAGCAAAUCGACAACAUCACCUCCCAGCAUUUCCGGGAACUUCUCGAGGUCAACUUGGUCGGCUACUUCCUGACAGCAAAGUUCGCCCUGCCCUAUCUACGGGAGACCCGGGGCAACAUUAUCAACAUCUCCAGUCUCGUUGGCAUCAUCGGACAGAGGCAGGCUGUUCCCUACGUCGCCACCAAGUAUUUCUCCUGGGAACAUCUGGACCCCCAUGUGGGCGGAGACAGCCGGGCAGACGGCCAAUCCGGAGGCCACGAUCCAGGCUGGGAAGGAUGCCCAGCUGCUGGGCCGGAUGGGCACGCCGGAGGAGUGCGCCCUGGCAGUGAUGUACCUGGCUGCCGACGGCACCUUCUGCACCGGGAUCGACCUGCUGCUGAGCGGGGGGGCCGAGCUGGCCUAUGGCCCCAAGAGCUGGCUGGGCCCCAGCUAGGGGGGCAGCGGGGGAGCCAGGACUCCUGGGUUCUCUCCCUGGCGCUGGCUCGGAGUUUGCCAGGAGGGUCCGUACCUCCGAGUUAUUCGCAUUCAAAAUGCUUCACGGUGAUGAGUCAUUUCCCUCCCUCUGCGCCCACUAGGCCCCACUCCCCCUCCCAAACUCCGGGAGAGAACCGAGGAGUCCUACCCCCCCCCCGCUCUAACCACUAGCCCCCACUCCCCUCCAGAGGAACCACUGCCACAGAGACCCUCAGCCUCUGGCGCCUCUGGAGGGGGUGUGGGCACCAAGGGGGCACCCCAAUCUCCAUUGUGGGGGUCUGGGUAGUGAUGGGGGACCCCAAUCUGUGUGUGGGGUGGGGUCUGGGCGCCAACAGGGGACCCCAAGCUCACAGGGUUAAUAAAGAUGAUUUGCAAACAAA